CCCUUUCCUCUGGGUUUUGGUUGCUUCAAUCCCUAAAUUGCUUCUUACAUACACAUUGUUGGAGUGCUUCCAAUAGUUAACCUUUUCUUUCUAUGGAGCUACAUUUUAUGCUCUUAACUAACAUUUUUCUUCUUUCUUUCAUUUUACUUAUUGCAUAUGCAUGGAUUUAUGCUCAUGAAGCAGUUGAAGAUGGGGAACUCGGUGAUGAUGCUAAUGAUGUUAAUUUUAAUGGUUAAGAGAGAUUCUAAUGGUAAAGCUAGUAGGAAAAGGGGGGUAGUUUUCGAUUUGUGAGGUGAAGACAAGUAUGAAGAUGCCAUCAAAUUUUCUUUCUAUGAACCUACCAAAAAUUGUUAUGGAAAGAAACUUCAAUUGACAGUAGAGAAGCACAAAUAGUGAAAGGUCUUUUCUACUAAGAAUGAAAAUCAUAUAUCUAUAUGUAUAUAUUUUAAUGAUAUGAUUCUGAUUAGUUAUCAGUGAUUGUGAAUUUGUAGAAUCCAUCAAUGCUUUCACCUCUUCUUCUUGAACCAGUUGCUUUCAACUAUGGUUGUGAUGCAAAUCAUGAUAUCCCUCUUGCUAUAGUUACUAGACCCACUAAGGUUUGUUUAUUUACCUUAGUCCAUCCCCAUGCAUGCUACUUCCCUCUUGUUCUAUGAAAUUGAGUGGUGAUUAUGGUCUUUUGAUUUAGAAUGUUCAAAUUAUCUUAGGAAUUGCAGAGGAAAGUUAGGGAGACACAUAUAUACUUUUACAAUUUUCACUCAUGUUUUCUUUGGGACAUACAGCAGAGGAAGUGUAAGCAAAAUAGAAGUAACUUGCAUUUGGUGUUAUGUUUUGUUGAUUACUCAUCAUAUUCAUGUUGUGGCUUGUUUCUGUUGCCUUUGAUGGUCUAUUAGCCUUUCAUUCAUGCCAUGACAGUCUAGAAUUUUUGGUUUUUUGUUUUGUAGAUUGGCCACCAUUUGCCUCAAUUGUUCAUAAUGAUAUACUGAGUUAUCUAGGAAAGUCGAUGUACAUUGCCUUUUCAUCAUUCUUAGGAUUGGUUCUGUGCUUUUUCUGAAAUGCCACGAUUGCUACUACUGCAUACAUCAAAGGGGAAGGAUGGAAGCCAGGCGGUAAUGAGAUUGCUUCAGUGAAUACCUGUACAAUCCAAGAAGCAUCAUACUGGGGAAUUGGAUCUAGUCUUGCAAUCAUGGAGAUAGUUUGCAACAUCUUACAAGAACUGAAGAUCAACAACCAUCACAAUUUUGAACAUUAUUCAAUUGUCAGAAGAUUAGGAAGAUGCUCAUAUCUAUUUAUACGGUGAAUGGAAGGGCAAACUCUUGGCAGCGAAUAGAGAUCUUAUCUUGAAAAUUUUGUUGAUUGUGUUCACUGGUGCAUACUUGCCGGGACUAAAUGAUACAAGGAAUGAUAUUUUGUACGCAUAUUUGUUGAACGGUUGUGAAAAUCUUGGUAAUCUGAACCUCGUGGGAAAUUAAGAAGGAAUGUUAGGCAAUGGGAACUCGGUCCCAAAUUGAGAAUGCGUAUGAUUGAGAUGCUUCUAAUUGAUUCUGCUAUUUUUUUUCUUAAUUAAUUUGCUUCUAAUUUGCUGAUCAAAUAUAUAUAUGUAGAGAGAGAGAAAGGAUCCAUACCUUGCCUUACAUUUAUCUGCUUCUGCAAUUUAUCCAUACUUUACCUUCUACAUUUGUUUUACUAAAAUCAACUAGACCCAUUAUU